GGCAUUGGGGAGCCAGUCCCUAUAUCCCAGGAAGCCUUCACAGAAGAGGUGAGGCCUGAACGGAGCCCUGAAGGAUGGUUAAGAGUUUGCUCCAGGAAGCCACCAUUGGGAGGGCAUUCCUGGCAGAAGGACCCGAGACAUGAAAGAAGCAGGCGUAUUCUGGUCGGUGCGAGGAGAGGUUGACCGUGAGGGGAGUUGGAGUGGCCCAGCCGGAUGUGACCCACAGGACAGAAUGGUAUUGGACUCUGGGGCCCAGGUGUAUGAGCAGGCACCCCCCAGCCCACCUACCAGUCCCCUCUCCCUGCGCACCAGGCUAAAGCCUGCAGAUGGAGAUGGGCCUCUUCUAUACCCCUGGUCUCGGCCCCUGCAUCUGCCCCUGCCCUUGCCCCUGCCCCUGGCUCUGUCCGUUCCUUCAGCACUUCGGGAUCCCCGGCCUGAGGCCAAGCCCCUCUCAGAGCUGCACUGCCGCAGCCACAUGCGUCGCAGUGAGAGUACCUGCACCGUAAAUUGCACUGGCCGCCAGGGGCGUGGCAGCCAGGGGCGAGCCCCACCUGCACGGGGAUGGAACCCAGGCGUGGGCACCUUGCGGCCUGCAGCCUCCCUGCCUCACAUUGCUAAGACCCGAAAGGAUCCAGGCCGUGUUGCCAACAAGAGCCCCUGCAUGUUGGUGGCCCUGCGACCGAUCAACAUGGACAGUGAGCGGGACAAGUUCUUCCAGUCGCAGUUCACCUAUAACCCGCAGUUCAAGUACCAGGAGCCCAUGCCCACUGCAGUACUGGAGAAGUACUGCGAGGCAUCCGGGCAGUUCAUUCACCAGCCCUCACUGCCCUGUGUGCAGGCGGUUGGCAUCAUUGAGGCUGUCCUGGAGAAGUUUGGUACCUAUGAACACUUUGAGGCCGCCACCGGGGGCCAGCUGCUGAGCAAGAGCCAGAUCUGGUCCACUGUGCGCAAAUACAUGCAGAAGGAGGGCUGCGUGGGGGAGGUGGUGGUGCAGCUGAGCGAGGACCUGCUGUCCCAGGCCGUGAUGAUGGUGGAGAACAGCCGGCCCACGCUGGCCAUCAACCUGACAGGAGCUCGCCAGUACUGGCUGGAGGGCAUGCUACGGCACGAGAUAGGCACCCACUACCUGCGGGGCGUGAACAAUGCACAGCAGCCAUGGCACAGCGCCGAGGGCCGGGCGCAGUUCGGGCUGCAGCCAGCCAACCCCACAGAGGAGGGUCUGGCCAGCCUGCACAGCGUGCUCUUCCGCAAGCAGCCCUUCCUGUGGCGGGCCGCCCUGCUCUACUACACCAUCCACCAAGCCGCGCACAUGUCCUUCCGCCAGCUCUUCCAGGACCUGGAGCGCUACGUGCAGGACGCCAACGUGCGCUGGGAGUACUGCGUGAGAGCCAAGCGCGGCCAGACAGACACCUCGCACCCUGGUUGCUUCAGCAAAGACCAGGUAUACCUGGAUGGCAUCGUGCGCAUCCUGCGGCACCGCAAGAGCAUCGAUUUCCAGCUGCUGACCUCACUGGGCAAGGUAUCUUAUGAGGAUGUGGACCACCUGCGGCCCCACGGGGUGCUGGACAAGGUCCGGGUGCCUCACUUCAUGCAUGACCUGGCACGCUACCAGCAGCAGUUGGAACACAUCAUGGCCACCAACCGGCUGGAUGAGGCAGAGCUGGGCCAGCUGCUGCCAGACUGAGAUUGGUCGGGGGGCACAGGCGAGGCCCUGGAUAGGGGGGCUGCCGGCUGGCCCCCUGAACAAGAAGCUGUCUGCUCUGUGCUUCCACAGCCCGGGUGUUUCUUGGAGAGCUGGGAGGGCAGGAGCAUCCUGGGUAGGACACUGGCUAGCUUCCACGAAGCUGGGGACCAGCAGCCAGCCGCAUGGCAGGCAAACCAGUGAUGAACAGAGGGGAGGCUGGGCCAGCUGGGGAGCUGAGCAUGGAUUGGGGAGGGGGGUUGGGAAUAGAAACUUGUUCCUGCAUGAGGCACCCUGAUGUUUGAUGAGCCCAGCCCUUCCCUUCCCCCACCUGGUCCCUUGGUGCUCCAUCAGCUUCCACGCUGUCUACCUCUCACUGGGUCCUGGUGGAGAUUGGGACCCUUCUCCUGGGGUGAUGGCCUGAGCCUGGGCUCCUAGCUUUCACACAGGCUGAAGGGGCAAGGGUCCUUGUGGUAGAGACCCAGCUGGCCUGGGAUGGGCUUCUCAGGACUUUGCCUCUACCACGGGUUGCAUAUAGUCCUUGUGUAUGCGCUCUGCUUCCUAAGGUUGAGAGGCAGCCCCUGAAGGGGGGGGAUGGCUCCCCUAGAAGGCACUGGUUGUUCUCAGCCCUACUCCCAUCGCUCUCUCUCUCUGCCUCAGGCCUGUGAGCCCAGGGCAAGCGCUCAUCCACCCCUGCAUCCACCCCUUUCCCCUUUCCCAGCCUCAGCUAGUCCUGUCUUUGCCUUCACAGCUGGUUCUCAUGAAGGGUGAUGUAAACUGACAGCACCCAGUCAGCAAACCUGAGGGGCAGCCCCCUAGGGUUUGUUGUCCCUAGCCCUGAGCCCCCCUGGACCAGGGAAGGCGCAGAGGUAGCUGUUGCUUCCAGUUUUACCGCAGACUCACUGUGUGAGGCUGACCCAGCCCCACAGCUUCUCUGGGCUGCACAUUUCCCACCAGUAAAACGCAGAAACACA